CCAAAGUCAGGGUUUGCAAGGCAGGGAGAGAGAAAUCCAGCCAACCGCGGAGAGGUUUUUCUCUCCUGCUCCUUUGCACGCGUGUGCGUAAAACGCUCCGAGCCUGGUGGGAUCCAGCCAGAGAGGAGCCAGAGAAGAGGAAGUGGGAAGGAGGGACCAGAGCAGCAGUGGCGUGGAGCUGCCUGAGUGCUGGGAGAGAGGAGCACAGCUCAGACGCUUCCAGCUUCUCCUGGAGCCACAGAUCUCUCCAGCUUACUACGCGUUGUUUGCCCCAAAACGCAGGAAUGCGCGUAAAGGGACGCACGACUCCUGCGUUGCUGCCGCGGACCAGCGAGUCCCACACGAGUUUUUAAACACGCAGUGGUUUUGACAGAGUGAAAUCACCUUCGCUGUCAAUGUCAGCAGCACAGGUAGUGAAGAGGAUCCCGGAAGAACACGUCGUGCAGGUUACUAGUUUGUUUGCAUAGCCUGCGCUUUUUCUCCCAAAGCGAUCGAGCGCAGAUGGACUUGUUUCCUUAUUCCAAAAGUAGCUGUCACCUUUUCUAGUUUUUGAUUUUUUUUUUGUAACUGAGAGUAAAUAAGCGGAGAGAAGAUGAAGGAGCUGAGGAAGAAGAAGCUGUACGUGGUGGUGGACGUGCUCUGCGUUUUAGUUGCGGCACUGCCCUUCCUCAUUAUGACCAUUGUGUUCAAGCCAUAUCAAAGGGGCGUCUACUGUGAUGAUGAGAGCAUCAUGUACCCAUUAAAACCAGACACCAUCACCCACGGCAUGCUGGCGGCCGUCACCAUCUCCUGCACGGUCAUCAUUAUCUCCUCUGGGGAGGCGUACCUGGUUUACAGCAAGAGGAUUUACUCAAACUCAGACUUCAACCAGUACGUAGCCGCGCUCUACAAGGUCGUGGGCACCUUCUUGUUUGGGGCAGCUGUCAGCCAGUCCCUGACCGACCUCGCCAAGUUCACCAUCGGCCGUCCAAGGCCUAACUUCAUGGCUGUGUGUGCCCCCAAGGCCUGCACGGGAUACAUGGCUUUGAUCAACUGCACAGGCAAACCGCAGGACGUCACCGAGUCAAGAUUGUCCUUCUACUCUGGUCACUCCUCUUUUGGGAUGUACUGUAUGCUCUUCCUUGCACUUUACGUGCAGGCCAGACUGGUGGCUAAGUGGGCUCGACUCCUCCGGCCCACAAUCCAGUUCUUCCUGGUAGCCUUUGCGGUGUAUGUGGGCUACACCCGAGUCUCUGAUUACAAGCACCACUGGAGCGACGUAUUGGUGGGGAUGCUGCAGGGGGCGCUGAUCGCUGUGCUCAACGUGUGCUUCGUGUCGGACUUCUUCAAGAAGCGUCCUCCACGUUGCACGAGGCAAGACACCACCGAAAACGAGGAGCCGGAGAGGAAACCCAGCCUGCAGAUCGUAGACUCUGAGCACACCAACCAUUACAACUACCACCACAAUCCUGGCCCUGUGUGAUA